UAAUUUAUGCAUUCAUUUAUUGCAAUCAAACCAGUGAUGAAGACAUUGAGUUUAAUCAUGAUUUAGAUGGAUAUGUGACCAUCGGUUGAGCAGAUUUGACAACUCUAUAUGUUAUGCACUUUUAAAUGCCAUUAUAAUUAUUGCAAUUAAUUUUGUGACCAAAUUGUGACCAAAUUUUGUCACAGUUUUAGUGAUAAUGAAUGAAUGAUUGGUAAAUUAUAAUGAAUUGAUUAAAAUCGGUGUCUAUUAUGUAUUAGUUGUGUAUUUUUCAAUACAAAUGUAAACAACAAUUUGUUUUCUUGUGAUUGAUUUGCAAAAUGUUUGCCACAAAUCAAAUGAGUUAUAAUUAAAUAGUAAUUGUUUUGAAUGACAGAAAUGAGUGACACUAUAAUAACUGUAAUAAUUAACUCUAUUAUGAAUACUAAUCAUAAAGUUAUGGCUUUAAUUGCGCUUUUAUUGGCCGCUAAUAACAUUAGUGCCUAUUCUUCAGGUCAGUUGACAUCAGUGGACAUGUGUUUCAAUGAUAAGGGAGAGAUCGUGAAACAGGGCGAACAGUACUUCCCAUUGGGAUCCGAUAUCUGUACACAGUGCACGUGUCAAAACGGUAGGCCAGAGAUGUGCAUAAGUGUGCUCUGCUCUCCACCACAUCAGUGCAGACAAUUCCAUGCCGUGAACGGCAAGUGCUGUGAAUUUGUGUGUUUGGACGGAGACUUCAGUGGCGCCAACAAACUCUUUAAUACCAGUAUUAUUAGGGGUAAUGGAGGGGACAAUAGGACUCACGGCUCAGUGGCCACUAAUAAUCUCGGUCUACGGCUAAUCGCCAGCACAAUCACAUCGUUCCUCAUUUUAGCACUUCUACUCUUUAUGAUUCACCGCUUAAGACAACGCAGACUGUUGUUGAUGAUUAGGAGACUGCAAACGCGUCGCUUAGAGCAAGUGAACGGUCUGUCGGCCGAUAAUAACCCACACAUGGGAUACCUAUCGUCGCAGAACUGUUACGAUCAGUACGACUUCGGCGGUUCAUUCAACGAACCGCCGCCGCCGUACACCUUCUGGAAACCGCCCGAACACUACAUACCGCCGGGCGAAGCGCCGCCUCCUUAUGACGAUUCGGUGGACAUCACAAUAGUUCCCUGUUUUGAUCUAAACAGCCAUUCGGUUAAUAACAAUAACUAUAGCGGUAGUCGUGUGAACAUAACCAACAACUGUAUAGUGGGUUCGCCGACACCUUUCCAACAAACACAGCUUAUAAGUGCCGCCAAUCGUCAGUCACCGUACGUCAGGGGAACGCCAUUCCUGAUGAUGAGGUCCGCAACGCCGCCAACGAUGACCGGCGGACCCAUAAUCGACACGAUUAGCGACCAAUGCUAUCAACACAUAACAGUUGUUCGCAUUAAUGAUUCUCAGACUCAUAACAAUUCAACGAUGAGUUCGGCAAACGAUGACAACAUUUGCGCCGAAGAUAUUGCUGUGGAGAACAGCAAUACGUUGAGUGAUUCCACGUCUACGUCAUCGAUCGCCUCCUCCGAGGAGGCCUUCAACUCUCCCUCAAACUGUUCAGUCAUAUCGUCGUCCUCUCAGUCGACGUCCACUCAGUCAACGGUCAGACGUCAAGACAACGACACGAUCAGCAGAUUAUAAGACACAACACUAUCAUAAACCUAACGAUUGAAUUGGUUUUAUUGAAUCUCAAAGACAUGCAAUAUAUUUAUGAGUUUAUAAACGAUUUAAAAUAAAUUAGACAAAUACGAGACCACUAUAUGUUGUAAAUGCAUGACAACCGACUGUUAGCUGGGAAUUGCCUCAACGCUAUCACCCGUACGCAGACAUUGUCUCAAAACGAUGGAUAACUUUGCGGUCAAUUUCCAUCUCUCGAUCUCAUGUUUAGUAAUAAAAAAAUAGAGAACUAUUUUUGAAGCAAACAUUUUCUCAUUUAAAAUGCAUUAUUACAUGAAUGGAAACAAUGUUAUAUAAAUAGUUAAUGCAUUUAAUUUAAAAACACAUUUAUAGUGUACACAACUAUACAGUAUAAUAUACAGUAAUAUAUAAAUUAUAUUAAAUGAAUUGUACAAAACAUUUACAUAAAUAGGAAUCCAUAUGUCAUUCAUUGUCAACGGCUUAUCGUUAAUCUCAAAGAUUCAUAGAAUUGUAUAAUAUUUUUGGUGAAAAUUUCUCCUUAUAUUGUUUGGUCUGUUUGUAGUGAAUAUCCCAACAAUUAUUAUAUGAAACCAGUGUUUUGUCAUUUGAGUUAAUGUUAUCGUCAACUCUGUG